GUCAGAUGGUCCCGAUUGGGAAUGUCUAGUUUGAAUGAACUAUGACGUAAAUCGCAUUAUUUACAUACCAUUCAGCUUGCCAGUACAAACUAGGUAGCUACUUGCUAUUCGGUUAUAAGAUAACUAUCUCCGUAAUAAUGUCCGCAAUAAUGCGAAUGAUAUUUUACGUCGUGGUUGGAUAAGCCGAUGGUAUGUAUUAUAUUGGUAUUAUGGGACUUUUAUAGCGAUCUAGUAGCAAUACGAAUAUAUCCAAUUCUUAUGCUUACCUCUUACUACAAAGUCCAUACCUCUUUCCUAUAUACUUAUUAGCCUUAUAUUAACCUAGUAAGCUUUACCUUACCUUAGGUAGCUAAUAGCAGCUUCAGCUACAGUUACCCCGCUCGUUCUUCAGCUUUGGUGGUGCGACAUACGGGACCGGCGACGCAAUCGAAAGCACGUCAACGUGAUAACCUAGAUCUAUCAUUUUUUUUCUUAUCCCGUUACAUAUUGACUUCCCCGCUCUUUAUCCCCUUACUCCGUCCGAAUCGGCACUCCCUGGUCCAGCACUGUAUGAGAACACGCUCCGUACAAAGAUAGACUGCUUUUCUCCCGGGGCUAUCAUAUAAAGUCGGCAUAGACCGAAUAUAAUAUAUAUUAUAACAGGUUGCGAUUUAUUCGAACUGUUUAGACUGUAACAGAAAAAGUUCAACAUGCCUUUAAUCGCCUCUGCACCACGAGACCGCAUCAUCCUGGGUCUGAUGACCUUUGGACCCGAUGAGAAAGCCGGGGCUCGAAUUACCGACAUUAAUGAGUUCAACAAAGUACUCGAUACCUUCCAGUCCCGUGGCUACAAUGAAGUUGACACAGCACGAGUCUACAUUGACGGCCAGCAGGAGGCCUUCACCCGUCAAACAAGGUGGAAGGAGCGCGGCCUAACGCUGGCCACCAAGUUCAAAUAUCCUUCUGAGGCCGGCGCUAAUCAGGCUGCCAAGCUUGUCGAGAGUUUGGAGACGAGCCUCAAAGAGCUUGGGACUGAUAGCGUAGAUAUCAUCUACCUCCACGCAGCCGAUCGUGCGACACCCUUUGCCGAGACGCUUGAAGCAGUAGACAAGCUACACAAGGCGGGCAAAUUCGUACGAUUCGGCAUUUCUAACUUUACAGCCGCGGAGGUGGCCGAGGUAGUUCUGACUUGCAAGUACAAUAAUUGGGUGCGGCCGACCAUCUACCAGGGCAUGUACAACGCUAUCACGCGGGGUAUCGAAGCGGAGCUGAUUCCGACAUGUCGGCGAUACGGAUUGGAUAUCGUAGUAUACAACCCGAUCGCUGGCGGCUUGUUCAGUGGUAAAAUCAAGAGUGUAGACAUCGACCCAGCCGAUUUCAGCCGCUUCAGCACAAAGGCCAGCACGGGUGCCAACUAUCGCUCCCGAUACUUCAAGGAGAGCACGUUCAAGGCUCUGCAGACGAUAGAGAAAGCGGUCGAGAAACACGCUGGAUUAACGCUGAUCGAGGUGGCGCUACGGUGGGUAGUACACCACAGCCAGCUCAAGAUCAAGGGCGGCAACGACGGUAUCCUGAUCGGAGUCAGCUCUCACGACCAGCUCGUGAGCAACCUGGAUAAUCUGGAGAAGGGCCCGCUCCCGGAGGAUGUGGUGGCAGCGCUGGAUGAGGCAUGGAGGAUUGCAAAGGCGGACGCGCCCAACUACUGGCACAAGGACCUCGUGUACACGUACGAUACACGAGAGGCGCUGUUCGGAGCCAAUGCGAAGUAAGUGUAGGUAUAAAAGAGAGGCGCGCCAAGUUGAUUCUUAUCUGCAAUUGAAUGCAGCUCUAUAGAGGUACACGUAGCAUAGGUAGUUCAUGUGCCUGAAUUCCGAAACUUGAUAAGGUAGUGUUACCUCACGGGGGCACAUGUGAUUACAUGCAUAGAAGUGUAUACUUGAAUCAUAAGAUGUAUUAGUUAGGUAGGUAGUUAUAUUCAAUAACUACCUAAUUGUGUUUAUAUAUGUGUGUGUGUAUGUGUCGUGUGACAUUUAACGACUAGGACGUUGAAGUACU